AUGACGGCCGUCAAGAGCCCGGUGGCGGUUGGACGGCAGUUGAUGAAGAUCCAAGACUCGAAUUGGCUCCAGCUGCACGCAAGGCUGGCGAAGCGGGUUGGGUUGGCAUUUGCUUCCCCGGGACCCUACCAUGCCUUCGUUGACGACGACUCCCACCAUGUCGACGCUCCCUCCCCCGUCGCCUCCCAGUCGAGACACCGCUCUGUCCAUCAAACUCCGACCACCCCACACGAGCCACUCGCCUCACCUGUCAAUAUGGUCGGCCCAUCCCACCCCAUGCCCCGCCAGCGUGUAUAUUUCGGCCCCUAUCUGCUCCUCCAAACCCUUGGCGAAGGCGAAUUCGGGAAAGUCAAGCUGGGUGUCCAUUCAUCGCCCGACCGGUGGGGCGAGGAGGUCGCAAUCAAACUGAUCAAGCGGGGGAACGUGGACACCCAGGCCAGGAUGAUCAAGGUUGCUCGCGAAAUCGAUGUCCUCAAACUCGUCAAGCACCCCAACAUCGUCAGGCUCUACGAUGUGAUUGAAACCGAAAAAUACAUUGGAAUCGUCCUCGAAUAUGCCUCUGGCGGAGAACUGUUCGACCACAUCUUGGCCCACCGUUACUUGAAAGAGAAGGACGCUUCAAAACUUUUUGCACAGCUCAUCUCCGGCGUCACCUAUCUGCACGCUAAAAAGAUCGUUCAUCGGGACUUGAAGCUAGAAAACCUGCUACUAGACCGCAAUCGCAACAUCAUCAUCACCGACUUCGGCUUUGCCAAUCGCUUCGAGGAUCGCACCAAUGAUCUCAUGGCCACCUCAUGCGGAUCGCCCUGCUACGCCGCCCCCGAACUGGUCGUCCAGGACGGCCGCUACGUCGGCUCUCAAGUCGACGUUUGGUCAUGCGGCGUCAUCCUCUAUGCCAUGUUGGCCGGAUACUUGCCCUUUGACGAUGAUCCCUCCAACCCAGAUGGUGACAACAUCAACCUGCUCUACAAGUACAUCAUCAACACACCCCUCAGCUUCCCCGACUGGAUCACAGACGAACCCAAAGACUUGCUCCUCAAGAUGCUUGUUCCCGACCCUCUCAAGCGUUGUUCGCUCAAGGAUGUCGCCAAUCAUUCGUGGCUUGCAAAGUACCACCAUCUGUUCACCCGUUCAUUGGAGGAGCUCGAACGUCUCUCGGAAGAAAACGAACAGGCCAAGCGAUUGAUGCUCCAACGCCAACGACAACUCAUGGCUGCCAACAACGCCAAUCGAUCCCAACCCAGCACCGGAGCCGAUGGUAAUCGGGUCCAUGGCUCCGGCAAUGCGUCAGCUGCCAACAAAGCCCGAGGCCAUCAGAGUGCCAUGGUUGUCCCUUCAUCCGCAAUGGUCAACCCUGACGAAUCCCUACAGUCCGCCCACGCUAUCGGGGCCUACCAGCAACAACAGCGUCAAGCCUCUGGAGGCGCAGUCACUCAUCUACACUCCAACAGUAACCAACUAACCACUCCUCCCGCCACCUCCAGUCGACGCCACCAACAGGCCCAAUCAGCCGUCAUUGUCCCAGUUUCCUCACUCAACAAGGAGAAUGAAGAGAUCGCAACUGUGCCUCAAAUCCCGAAUGACAAGAUGGUUAUCGAUGAAAAUCACAAGACCAGCGGUACUAGUGGCAGCGGUAAGAAGCGCAAGGUGGGCGGUACUGCCGCGCAUCCCCCGGCUUCUCAGUCCCAACAUCGCUACACCGUUCAAGUCGAAUACACUGGGGUUGCCAAGGGCAAAGGCAAGCACGCCGAACCCUCGACCACUGCCGGGGAGGCUUUGGAGUCAAAUGGCCUAACCCAAGUUGCAGAUGAGGGUCAGACCAGCACACCUCGGAUGUCUCCACCAGCUCCUGCCACCUCACUCUCUUCUACACCCAAGCAUGGCCACGAGUCUCAGCUUCAGACUACUCCCCAGCCGGGCCGAACUCACAAAGCUUCCACCGCUAAUACUUCCAAGACACUUGACCCGAGCACGGCUGGCUCUGAUGAGACCCCUACCCCCACCGUUCCUUUCCCUUCGCCCUCCCAGAAGCCUUUGGCUGCAACCGGGGCUGUCAAAAGCUCCAGCCAAGUCUCCUUUAGUACUGCGUCUCAAAACUCUGCACUACCCAAUGGUACAUCCAAAACGAGCGCCGCCAAAUCACAGGCUCGCCACAGGAAAGGAUUGUCAACCGACCGAUUCUUCUCUCGACUUCUUGGUACCAACACAACUCAGUCCGCCAAUCCCCCACCCGUCCCCAACCCCAAGAAGUCGUCUGGAUACACCACGACCAAUCCUCCUGUUGCAAAGACAGCUAGGCGGAAAGCAUUGAGUAUGGUCGUCGAGCCCUUGAGUGGCAAAAUUGCUUCUGCUACAAACGCUCGCCCCAACAGGAAGUCUGCCAAAGUUACGUCUGCUGCUCCCAAGCCUGUUGAAUCACCGCAGGCCGAUCAGUCGAAACGCCGCCAACGAGGUACAAGUGUGACUGCAGCUGGAUCUCCGACAAUCCGUGCUACAGAUGGUAGCAUACCGCCACCGCUACCAACUUCCGAUAAGUCCACCACAGGCUCUAGUGUCAAGAGACGGACCACUCUGACAGCUGCACAUGGCCGCCUCACAUCGAGCAAGAUGUCGACUAGUGGCUCUGCACCCCAAGUGGUGGCCCCGAAAAAACCUGGCUCACAACGAUCCGGCCCGCCUUCGGCAGAGGCCACCCCCACUCACGAAGAAGCGACCAGUGUUCCUCCAAGGGAUACCCAAACCGCUUCGCCUAACUGGAGCCAGCACACACCCGCAGCUAGUGUUGCCAACAGCACUGGCCAAGCCAGCAACAGCAGCAAAGCCAAGCGCGUUAUGGAUUGGUUCCGUUUCAAGAGCUUGAACGGCAGUACGACGAGUGCCAACCAUCCCCAAGCCCCUGCGAACGACCUUCUUACCCCGCCUGUACCUAUUCCCACGGACUUUGAUGCCAGAGUCAAGGCUCAUCAACCCGCUCAGCCUACCAAUCUCAACGGCCAUCCUCCUGCAGCCGCGCCCCAGCCCACUUCGCACAUUCCUGCGCCUCUGAUGUCGAACCAGUCCGUGACUCAAACGUCAGCGGUAUCCUCCAAAGCUAGCCAUCGCUUCACCCUGGCGCAUCCCCGUCCCAGUACAUCUACUGCGGCCGAAUUUAGGAAUCCGGCCAUCGUUCCGUCUGCAGGAGCCGAGCGCAGCAGCGGGGCAUUCAACGACAGUAAACUGAAGCUGCAUCAUGGUGCGAUUGACCAGAAUGCGAUUUCGUCGAAACUGCCGCCGAUGAUCAUGGCGCAACUGAAGCAGAUACUGUGGGAGAUGGGGAUCGAUGUGGUAGAAGAGAGCUCGAUGAAGCUGAAGGCGACGCGUCGGUCGAAGAAGAAAGUGGUGGCGAGUCUGGGGAUGGGGGUGUUUGAAGCGCUGCAGCAGCAGCAACAGAAGCUGCAGCACCAGCACCAGGACCCUUCGAGCGGCGGCGGUGGCCCGUUCAAGUCGAUCUUCAACCGGAGACCCCAGACGGGCAGCACCAGCACCACCAGCCACCAGAUCGGCGUGCUCAUCGACCAGUUCGGCCACGUCACCACCGGCCCCAGUCUCCCGUCUGCCUCCGGCCACAACCCCGCCUCCGCGGGAGGCAGUCUCGGCAGCGCCAGUGGCGCCGAUUACACCACCAGUGCCCAGCCGUUGCCCUCCUAUGCUGACGACCCAUCGGUCGACAGCGGCGACGACGUCCGGUUCACUGUCGAGAUCACCCGGCUCCGAGGCCUCGCCGGACUCUACGCCGUCGACAUCAAGCGGCUCAAGGGCUCGCUCUGGAGCUUCAAGUACUUGUACUUGCAAAUCCUCGAGCGUGCUGACUUGGGCCAGAAAGCGUAG